CCCCAACCAUCUGUGGCUGUUAUGUGACCUAAAGUGGUUAGGAAAUCUUUUGUCAAUUAACUCUUUAAGGAUAACAUUUUUCUUUAAUACAAGCCUCUGGGAGUAUCAUGCCAUCCAUUCAAAUUGUCUCAUUUUCCAUCUAAUUGUUCUUGAUUCAUCAAACUCAAAUUUGUGCACCUAGGAAUGGUUUGCCAAAGGGUCAUUCUCUUCGCAAAAGACAGGUAUAGCCUAGCUUCAACCUCUUGCAUCCCCUUCCCUCAGGCUUUCCAUCUUCUAGACUCACCUUGCUGCUCAAACAGGUUUUGAGGUGGCCCCAUCUCACUCCUCUGUAGCUUCAGCUCUUAGGAUGGGUGGAUAGAGCGUCAUGCCCCACCCUGGGCUCAGAUCCCUUGAGUCAGUGAGAUGUUUCCACCCAAAUCAAAUCAAAACCAAGAAGCCAGGAGCUGAAACUCGGGGACCUACUGCCAGUUUCUCCUGGAAUCUUCAUCCCUCUUUAUCUACCAAGUCUCCCCAAAACAGUGAUCAAUUUGGACAGUGCUAUUAUCAUACCAGUUUAUUUCUGGUGGUGGAGAAAAAGGUAAUGGGAGAAGAAAUGGCAUUGGAAACCUUGGUGAACAUAGAGACUGAUCCUCCUCGAGCCUCACUUCCUGUUGGCUGCAAUAGAUAUUUGCUCCGAUAUCUUGCAGUCACUAGCAUCAUCUGUGGCUGCUCCUGUCUUGGAAUCAUGGCUCUUGUGUUUGCUGUCAAGGCUGAGGAACGACGUAAGGCUGGGAAACCGGAGGAAGCAUUGUUCUGGGGGAAUCGAGCCAGGCGGCUUGCCCUGGCUAGUAUUGCAGUGUGGUUUGGAGUGCUUGUACUGGGACCCCUGCUAUUCUGGCUUCUAUCAUACGCCAUUGCCCAAGCAGAGUGACCCUACUGUGACAAACCUGGACAGCAUGAAGUUGUCCUGUGGCAUCAGAAGUGGACCUCACAGCAAGGUCCUUCGUCCUGACCAGAAGAACAAGUCCUCCAAAUCCUGGAGGAUAUUUACCUUUCAAAAAGUGGUUUCCAGAGUCUGUCUUCCCAGUAUGCAGGCAACAGAGCCAUUCAGAUGGGGCUGAUAAUAAAAGGUUUGGACUUGCAUGGACUCACUCCUGCCCUUGGGACCUUAGCCCACAUACGGGGUUGGAGAAUAGGCAGCCCUGAUUACAAUUAAUCUUGUAAUAAAAAAAAAACAAAACAAAAAAACCCAACCCUUUUUCAAGUGAAGAUAAAUGUUCCUAUAUAGUUAGUCUACACUACCUUUUUCUGUUCUCUGAUAGUGUUCAUAGCUAGCUGCUGUUUCUAUUUCAGAGGAUGGGAAAGAACCAUUUUUCAGUUCAAAAAUGAAGUGACUAUUUUCAGAAUCUUUCUCGUAUGACUUGCACCUCUUGACUUUACAAAUCUUUAUUCACACACACACAAAUGCACCAUUAAAAAAAAAAAACGAGCAUAAGCAACAUGUUCGAGGUCUCACAUCUGGGACUCCUGUCCCCCAUCCCUCAGAUCUUUGCAAGAUGCUAUACAAACCUGCAUUGUAUUUGCUGAGAAAUGGUUGAGAGUGAAACCUUUUCUGGGAUCAGAUCUUUUAUCAUCGCCCCAAACUACUAGACCUUGCAGCAGCCGUUUAGGGAGGGGAAAAAUUGGUGCAUAAUGGAUAGGGUCCGGGGUGAGGAUUAGCUUUUUUUCCCAUUGGCUGCAGAUGGAGGCAAUUUAGAGGCUUUCCGGAAGGAGCUUGGACUCGAAAUGAGGGAAAAUGAUAAAAGUGGGUCCUAAUUCCUCCACUUAAGUGGACUGACCGCGUUGCCAAUCAAUCUUUUAUGGAUAGGAUUAGCUUUAGGUCUAUGGGUCAGGUGAAACCAUGCCUCUGGGCAUGAAUAAUGGGAGAGUGAGUGACCUAGGGUGGGGCGCGUGACCACGGUUCUGGGUAACAAGUGCCGCCACUGCACUCCUUCAUGCCGCUCACAGAGACCCCACUUCAGA